CAAGAAAUUAACUUACUAUAUUCUUCUCUUCAAAGCUUCAAACUAUUUCUUCGUUUCUUUCCUCAAAUCCAUUCGUUAACAUGGCUUGCAAUUCUCAUAUGAACAUUGUUUUCCUUCAAGGUAGCAAAAUAGGGUUUCCUUCUAAUAUAAAGGAACAUACGUUUGACCCCCGAUUUUUGUGUAGUAAAAUCUCUGCUUCAUCAUCAGUUACUCAAAAGUCUGGAGUUGUUGUUGACGAUUCAUCUAGUGCAAUGUUUAAACUGGAUUCUGAAUCUAUAAUGAAAAAGUUAUCAUUGAUCACACAUACACUACUUAGUGAUGAUCAAACAGCAGUUGCUGCUAGAAGAUCAUCAGUUUCUGGAACCGGCAAAUUUGGUCAGUUUGGUGGGAAGUUCGUUCCUGAGACUUUGAUGUCUUCUUUGAGCAUGCUUGAGGCUGAAUUCAAUUUGGCUCUACGUGAUAUUGAUUUUCAGGAAGAACUAGAAACAGCAUUGAGGGAUUUUGCAGGUCGAGAAACACCACUAUAUUACGCCAAAAGGCUAACAGAUCGUUACAAAAACAGUGAAGGAGAAGGGCCGGAAAUCUAUCUGAAAAGGGAGGAUUUAGUCCACACCGGAGCUCACAAGAUCAACAACGCCGUAGCACAAGCGAUGCUCGCAAAACGUAUCGGCCGGAAAAGCGUAGUAGCGGCCACCGGAGCAGGCCACCACGGUGUUGCCACGGCCGGGGCUUGUGCUAAACUAGAUCUAGAAUGUACGGUUUUCAUGGGAGUUCAAGACAUAGAAAGGCAGUGGUCCAACGUACUCUUGAUGAAGAAUCUUGGUGCUGAGGUUAAAGCUGUAGAUGGUAGCUUCAAGGAUGCAAUGUCAGAAGCAAUUCGGAACUGGGUUGGAAACUUGGAAACCAGUUAUUUCUUGGCCGGCACGGCGGCAGGUCCUCAUCCAAUCCCUACAAUAGUUCGUCAUUUUCAGUCAGUAAUUGGAAAGGAAACAAGGAAACAAGCCCAAAAAAAAUGGGCUGGCAAACCAGAUGUAAUGGUGGCUUGUGUUGGGAGUGGAUCCAAUGCACUUGGGAUCUUCCAUGAAUUUGUGGGAGAUGAAGAUGUGAGAUUGAUUGGGAUCGAAGGAGCUGGAUUGGGCUUAGAUUCAGGCGCACAUUCAGCAACUUUAAGUAAAGGUGAUGUGGGUGUUUAUCAUGGUACGAUGAGUUAUCUGUUGCAGGACGAUGAAGGUCAAAUCAUUGGUCCUAAUUCCAUUGGCGUCGGGUUGGAAUAUCCAGGGGUGAGCCCAGAGCUAAGCUUUCUGAAAGAAACUGGACGUGUUGAAGUUUACGCAAUUACAGAUGAUGAAGCCAUAAUUGCUUAUGAAAGGCUAUGUCGAUUGGAAGGGAUAGUCCCGGCUUUAGAAGCCUCUCAUGCACUUGCUUAUUUAGAAAAGCUUUGCCCUAAUUUACCAAAUGGUACCAGAGUUGUCGUAAAUUGCAGUGGACGUGGGGAUAAAGAUGCUGCCACAGUCUUCAGGCAUCAUCAAGAAAAGAUUGAUGGACAGAUGAUCGAUGCAGCUUUUCAGAGGGUUUAACAAAUUGUUAAAUUAGCUUGCGGUGUGGCAUAGAAAAAAGGAUUGUUAUAAAUAUAUUUUUAUGUAGAUCAAUGGUUAUGGCAUUACAAAUAUCCUUCCGUCCCAAAAUUAUUGUUUGGUUUGAGAUUUCACAUUUCGUAUAAUUUGAACUAAAAAUGAAAAUUCAAACUGAACAAUAAUUUUGGGACAGAGGAGUAGCUAUGUAAUGAUUAGGCUGUACUUGGUCGUUAAGAAUAUGAACAUAGAAAAAAGAAUGUGACAGGAAAAAAGCAACGUUUCCAAUAUCCUCAAAAAGACAAGAAUUCAGCUCUCAACUUCAGAAUAGACAGUACCUCUUUUGUUUUUCACAACUAGGAUGAUACUAAACUAACAGCUGACAAACAUUCUCGAUUUUAUUAAUUAACCACUUCUAUUCCAAAAAAAAAAGGUCUAUAUUCUGUUUUAAGAUUUAAAUAUCAAUUUCAUCACCAAUGUGAA